UCAAUUUUCAUCAGUUUCUCUCAUCAUACCAUAACGUUCUCGUGUGGUGAAUUUUUCAUGUUACAUAAACAGAAAACUCGAAAGAAGUGACAAAAAGCAAGUGAGGACUUUUCGAAUGAAAUCGAAUUACAUAAACCACUGGCAAAGUUAUAUGUUUUGUUCAUAUUUAAAAUUUAAAUUUUUUUAUUAAAACUCAUAUCAAAGUGCAAUGUUCCAAUGUAAUGAAUAUAAUAAAAGAUGGAGGAAAGGGAUGGUAGACGCGUUCAUUGUAGCGCGCAUACGGAGGGAAGACGUUGUGGCAAUAGUGCCAACAACAUGGCAACCUUUACAAACAGCUGAUUGUCACUUUCACAAAGCGGAUACAUUUGGCAAUUCUUAACAUAAGUAAAACGAUGAAGACGAUAACUGAAAAUUAGGAAUAAUCUUGUGUCUUGACAACAGGAACAAUUUUACUCUACAUGUCAAGGAGGAAACGAAAACUAUAUAUAGCAGCAAUAUACAAUAUAUAGUCGUGAUAUACACAAAUAUCGAAGUGGGUGAGGUGGGAAGUGGGAAGUGGAGAUCAUGAAAACUUAGUUUGCUUUGAAAAAUUGCUAUAUCUAUGUAGCUUAGAGAACAGUGAGCCGUAAUUUCGAGAAGUUGGCAUCACUUUCAUUUCAUCCGUCAAAUAAAGUGAAUUUCAACUUGUUAAUUGUUUAUUUUCGUACUAGUGGUUUUAAAACUAAACAAUAGAAAUGGCCGAGGAUUGGUGUUGUGAAAAACUGAAAAACCUUAAAAUUAAGGAAAAUCGCUUGGGCACGUUGAACGAAAUAAAAUCUCUGUUAAAUGAAAAUCCCUUGGAAGCUGUGGUUGUAAACCAGUUGCUUAAUGCGCCAGAGAUUUAUGAUUGUAUGGAAGAUAAAGACCGUGAAGAGGGUAUACCUAGUCGAGGGGUUGAUGAUCAAUUUGAUUUAGCAAGCGAUAUUCUAGCAAUUUGCAUGCAAAACCUCACCAUUAAUUCGGACAUGCCUCAAGUACUUCAACGUUCAUUGCAACAUCAACAGCCGCGCGUUCGCGCAAUAGCUCUGAAUGCAAUUCAUAACGAACUUCAACGACGUUCACUAAAUAAUGAUAAACUUCUGCAUUUAGUUUCUGACGAACUCACAAAGCAUAUUCUCGAUGCCUUGCAAGAUGACGAAACUGAAAUUGGUAUACCAGCGUAUAAGAUAUUAACAAUAGUUUUAGAACAUAAACUAAAUGUGGAGUCAAUUCGGCAGCAGCUCUUGCAAAUGCUAAGACAAAACUCCACAGUGAAAUGUCGCUUGUUCGAGCUUGGCGUGAAUUUGGCAAAACGUUCGGCCAGUAAUUUAGAAAAAGUCAAAUAUAUUUUAGAUUUCGCCUUGUCGGAAUUGGAUAAUGAUGAUGUUAUUUUAAGUGUCAACGUACUCGAGAUAUUUACAUCUCUUGCUGAACAAAAUCACGGACUAAUUUAUCUCGAAAUAAGUAGAGUUUUCGACAUUAUUAGUAGCCGCGUAGAAAACAUGCACAACAAGCCGUUAGAUCAACUCCUAAUACCUGGAGUGAUGAAGUUCUUUGGUAAAGUUUCAAGUGUUCAACCAGAAAAAAUAAUCAGCGGUUAUCCAAUCAUGUUGGUUUGUCUCUUUGAUACUAUACAUAACGGAGAUGUACAAAUGCUACCAAUAGCCUUAGAUACUUUGGCAAAUGUGUGCCAAACACAAAAAGGAAUAAUGCUUGUGGAGACUUAUCAUUCAGAACAUAUGAGAAGAACCCUUGAUAAUUACUUAUUGUAUCUGAAAAAUCUCUCCUCUGACAUGAAAAUUCGUAUUUUUAACAGUCUGGAAGUAAUAUUUUCAAAUGAAGAUCCUGUGAUGCAGCAAACAAGUGAAAUUAUGGAAAAGUGGUUUUUAAAACUUGCAGAUGGAACAAAUAUGCAAUUUCUUUUGGACUUUUGUCGAAAUCCGUUCCCAGACAUAAAGGUAGCUUGCUUAGCAUAUGUGAAAACGCUUUGCUCAUAUUCUUGGGGUAUUGUCGCACUUAAAAAUACGGGCGGUUUUGUGGAAUAUUUAAUAGAUCGUCAUUGCGAAUUUGACAAAAUUGCAAAGCUCGCAAAAUAUGAAGUGGUACGAACGUUGUCAGAAAGUAUGAUAUUUGACAUGCAAAUUCAACUUCAAAUGCGAACUUACGUUAACGAAGGACCUUAUUAUGUUGAAUCCAUCAUAGAUAUCGCAGUUGAAGGAAAUUAAAAUUGUGUUAUACAACUUUAUUAUAUUUGUUAAAAAUUUGACAAUAUAAAAAUCAACCAUUUUAUAUAGCAUUUUCGUCUACACGUGUUCAAAAUGCAUUUUAAAUGGAUAUAAUAUUUAUAAAUCUAUCUAUAAAUCUACACAGUAUAUAAAUCUAAACUAUAUAAAUUAAACUAUAUUCGGGUAUGUCUAUUAUUUAUAAACUGUUCAUGUAAUGACAAUUAAGUUUUAAAUGUGGUAUUUAAUAUAAUUUAAACUUAUAUAGA